CAGAGAUCAAGCUAUCAUACAUGAAGUAGCACUGUUUAUAAACAAAAAAAAGUAAUUGGAAUUUAAUAUGUAGUACACAUCGUUUAAAUAUGUAUAAUUGCCCAUACUAUCUAAAUUCAUAACGAUUAUAGUAAAUAGUGUUGAAUAAUAUUCGUUUGGAAUUGCAAUUAAUUAAUCCGCAUUGUCAAUAAUAAAUAAAAAUGAAUGCUAAUAUCUGCAGGUGUUGUUUAACAAAAAACUGUUCUAUUAAAAUGAAUGAAGAGUAUUGUCUUAACUUACCCGGCGAGACAGAAAUAUACGAAAAUAUUUUACGUGAAACGUUUGAUAUUAUCUUAUAUCAACACAAAAGCACACAGAAAUACAUAUGCAAGGGUUGCGUGGUAAAAUUGCAUGAUGCCACAAUCUUCAAGCAGCAAGUUUUGAGAUCUGAAGAAGCAUUCUUAGCUCUAAUUCAUCACCAAGAAUCCUCAUCUCAUCUUGGCUCAGUCAAGCAAGAGAUACCAGAUGAUGACACUAAUGAGAAGAGUGCUGUGGCUGAUGAUGUGAUAAAUAAUGGGUGUCUUAUCAAAGACAAGCAGGUACCGCAUCGCAGAAAAAUUGGUGAUACGGUUCCAAAUGAUGCCAAGAAACCGAUGCUUAAGGCAAACAGGAAAUGCCUUAAAAAGCAAUCUCCGAAUACAAUUCAAAAGGAAAAUACUUUGAAAUUAAUAAAAAACUCAAACAUGUGCUUGUUUAAGUCGUUUAAGACGAAGUUCGGAUGCUACCAAUGCGGCGAACGUUUCCUAAAUAUCUUGGAUUUACGGGAACAUUCCCGCAGGCACACGGACACUAGGAAAACGGAGACCGGGGUCAUGAACCUCAAGGGCGUGUCGUGUCUGAACGCCGAAAUAUCCGAUCUCGAAUGCAAACUGUGCUCUAAAGACCUCAAAGGUCUGGCCCAACUGCAGACGCACCUAAUCGAAGCCCACGGCAUAAAGUUCGAAAGUCCCAAGCACUAUUUAGUGCCGUACGAGAUUCGAAACGGCUUUCGCUGUACCAUAUGCGGUCAAAAGUUCGAGAGCUUUCUGCGUUUGCACAUCCACAUGAACAGCCACUCUUCAAACAAUGUCUGCGAGGUCUGCGGGGUCUCGUACGUGAACCGGACCAGUCUCAGGGUCCACGUUCAAGGUCAGCACCGAGAGAAGAAAUGCCCUCAAUGCCCUAUGGUGUUUCCGGGGAAUUCGGCGAAAUCGGCCCACUUGCACAAGGUCCACGCCAAGAAGCCGUACUUGAGACGCUGUUUGCAUUGCGAUAAGACAUUCCCAUACGCGUACCAGUUGAACGAGCACUGCGUUAGCGAACACGGCAGGAAGCGCGAGUCCCACUGCUGCCAAGAGUGCGGCAAGCUGUUCUUGACCCGGCAAAAUCUGCGGAUCCACACGAAAUCGGUUCACGUCAGGGAACGCAAGCACGGCUGCGCUGCCUGCGACAUGAGAUUCUUCACGAAGUUCGAUUUAAGUCGACACGAGGCGACGCACGAGGACGUCAGACCCUUCUCCUGCGCGAAUUGCGAGACCAAAUUCAAGAAUAAGGAAUCGCUGCGAAGGCAUAUUAAAAGGCAACAUUCAAUGUAGAUCGAAAUGGGAUUACGCUGGAUAAUGAUAGUGAUAGGACCGGUCGUGAUGGCGAAGCUCUAGGGUGGAUAUGUCCAGAAUUGGACGGCAAUGGGCUAAUGAUUCUUCUUAUUCUGUGCCGCCGCGCACCGGCCUGCCAACGCCUUGUACAUCAUUAUUACGCGCUUGAUCAUUAUUUUAAAAACUGCGAUAUUUUCUAAGAUACUGAUCGAAAUCAAAUGAUGUAAAGGGCAUAUUUCUUUUGAAUUAAAUACUUGUAAUUAAUAACGUAUUUAUUUCGACAGGGACUAAUAUAUUUAUAAAAACACCUUUACAAAUAAUGCUUUAUUUUAGAACAAAUUUGGUUAGCAUAAAAAACGUUAUGGACAGCCAACCAUAACAUAUAGACAAUAGAUGGCAUGUCAUGGCGGGAAACAAUUCUGUCAUACAUUAUUUUAGCGAAACUUUAACCGCUCCCACAGCACACGCAGCGGAAGCUUUCAAAAGAAAACGAAAAAAAACGAUUUUGAAACAUUAUUUAUUAGUGCUUUGCUCGUAUAGGUCUCUGCUUGCCUUCCUCAAUAAAUGGGCUAUCUAACACGGAAAUGAUUUUUCAAAUCGGACCAGUAGUUCCUGAGAAUAGCGCGUUCAAACAAAUAAACAAACAAAGAAACAAACUCCUCAGCAGUAAUAAAAUAGAAAAUAGAAAUAGAAAAUCUGAAAAAAUGGCGCUAAAUUUGAAAUCUGUUUUUUAAAACAUUAUAUAUCGACGCUUGAAAGGCAAACGUGACUACGCGUCAAUGCGUGAACUUUACAGUAGACUAAUUUAAAGUUGAAAUAACUGAAAAAAAAAUUUUUUUAACGAAACUAGCUGUAGUAGAAUCUAGCUAGUAGCUGUAGGAUUGAAAUGAUUUAACAGACCUAGAUAUAUUUUAUAUUUUUUUUGCGCAUCGAAUAUGGUUAUUGCCUAUCAUUUAUGUACAAAGCAGUUAUUGUCGCUUAGUCACGUUUGCCUUUCAAGCGUCGAUAUAUAAAUCACAUUCUCAAAAAUGGUGCUAAAUUAAUCUGAUAUUUGAGUCGACUAUUAUCAAAGCCGGCACUCUGACUUUUGGACAAUGAUUGGUAAAUCAGAAAAACGAAUUAUUGACUUUGUAUUCCAUUGGCAGUCACAAAACUCUUCGGAACGACAUCUUAGAUAAAUAACAGGUUAACUAUUAACCUUUAUUUAAUGCAGGUUUUGAACCGUAUUCUUUGAAGGAGACGAUUAUAUUCAAAUCAAUCUGUAUUGACAUAUCAAUAAAUUUUUUUGUUCAAAUGCACAGAUUGCUACCUUUGAUAAUAGACGACUCAUUUAUAAAAAUAUCGAAAUGACAAACUCGAAAAUGGCGCUAAAUUAAUCUAUUAUUUAAAAAAAACAGAAAUGACUCUCAAAAAUGGCAUUACGAAACCUGUUAAUAAAAUAAAAACAUAAAUGACAUUCUCAAAAACGGCGUUCAAUUAAUCUGUAAUUUAAAAAAACUAAUCAGAGAAAUGACACUAAAAAAUGGCGCUAAAUAAAUCUGCUAUUCAAAAAAAAUGGAAAUGACAUUCUCAAAAAUGGCGCUAAAUUAAUCUGUUAUUUAAAAACUAAUCACAAAUGACACUCAAAAAUGGCGCUAAAUUAAUCUAUUAUUUAAAAAAAUCAGAAAUGUCAGAUCAGACGUGAGCUUAAAUAAGUCAUGUCAAGACGAACAAAACACAACGAAAAAAAAAGCUAAGUCGGUUGAGGUCUUUUCAAAUUCUAUAAUUCAUGUAGCAAUUGAUUCUAUUAUUACUUACAUGAGACGCAGGUGGAAUUAUUAAACACGAUACUUUAUUUUGGAAAUCAAUCCCAAACACUUGUUUUGUACGAUCAUAUUAUGCAUACGAGUAAAUUCGAGUUAGGUUUAUUUUAAUUUAUUAAUUAUCAUUAGAGUAGGAUAGAAAGACUUUCUACGUAAAUGGUAAUAAAAAUAAAUGGUUCAGGUUUUAAAUAUAUUUUAACGACAGAAGUCACGAUAUAUUGUUUUUCUCAACCCAUAGCACACUUUGCUAUGUUAAGACUUGUAUUCAUAACAUUUCCACUUCUUACACUAGCGCUAUGUCGGUGAAUCUUCCAACAAUAACUUGCUGCUUACAGACGGACACUUUUUCAACCCUGUCCCCUAUACAAGUUGCUCCCUUUCUUGUUACUUUGACCUUCAGUGUGCUUAGUGCGAGUUUCUUAAUGUUCUAGAAAGCGUAAAAGUUUAGCCAAUUUUGUAUGCAGUUGGAACAGCGCCCCUAGCGGCAAACGCAUUCAAACGAUCCCAUUCCAUACAAAUAUGAGCUAACUUUUACGCUAUCGAGAACGUUAAAAAACUCGCACUAAGCACACAAUGCGCUGACGGAUGAUCGGGAACCACUGAAGUAUGAAACCUAUAGGUCUAUGUCGGGAACCUAGACAUAUUUAUGACAUCGACAUUAGAAAUUGACAUAUUAUGUCAUAUUAUGCAUUAUUUGUAAUAUUUUUAUAGAAAUAUUUUUAUUUUUAUAUGGAAUAUACGUUAAAGGAUAUAUACGCUGAUUGCGCGGAGAUCAAAAGGAAAAAACCAUAUGAUCAUGUUAAUGAAGAAAUAGCGAAGAGAAUCGGCAGCGAGUACAGAACGCUGCCGACGUACGAAAAAGGUCUUUACGAAGAAGUGUUUAAGAGGCACUAUUCUCUGCACGAUAACGAGCUGCUGAAAUGCCGAUGGACACAGUACAAGAAACAUUUGGAGGGUAGGGUGUUUGCGCCCUUCCAGUUUCCCGACGUGAGAGAUCUUCACUUCUACAACUGCGCCAUUCGAUUCUUGCCGUCCGAAUCGAUACAUCGCAGAACCAAAUAUGGAUUUAAAUUGAAACCCGGACCUGGCGUCGACGACUUUGGCCAGAUGCCCAUACCGCAAGAGCUAAUCAUUAAACGUUUUUAAACGAAUUUAUUAUUGAGAUGUUAUUAUGUUUUUUAAUAAACUUUUUUUUAAAUUUU